CUGCCACAUUCCUUGCUGUCAGGUAUAAGGUCUUGCAGUGACACUAUUAAAAUUGUCCCUACAUAGGAUCAUAGGGAACUUGGAGAAGAGGAGAGGGAUAACAGGAAGUGCAGGAAGAGAGGAGGAGCAGAAGUGGAGGAGGAGUGGAAGGAGAAGAGUGACAGAAAGAGAAGAUAGAGGUGAAUGGGUUCCGGAGAAUCAACAAUGGUUGCCCCGGAAGUUAAACAGGCUGUGGACAAACUCAUCAAGUCAAACAAAGUGAUGAUGUUCUCCAAGUCAUCCUGCCCUUAUUGCAGGAUGGCAAAGCAGGUUUUUAACGAGAUUGGGGAGAAUUUUGGCCUUGUAGAGCUAGAUCAGCAUGAAGAUGGGAGCAGCAUGCAGGACUACCUUGGCCAGCUCACUGGUGCGCGGACGGUACCCCGCGUGUUCAUCCGGGGUCAGUGCAUCGGAGGCGGCUCCGAAACGCAGAGUCUGUACCGCAGCGGACAGCUGAAAACCAUGCUAGCCUGAGCCGCUCCUGAAUGUCACGGGACCGCGCAUUGAAGGCUUUCAUGGCCAGCGACGAUCGUGCUCCUACUGCCUUAUGUGCUCGUUGAAUACGUCUAUGUCACAGGUGUGCGUUGGAUGUGUUUUCUUCAUCACUUCUGAAUAUGCACAAACUUAGUUGAUGCUAAACUGUGGCCUUUUGCGCUGAUGAUCUGAUGUGCUUCAGCUCGGUGGAAUGCUAAUGUCGGAAAGAUAUUGCGGCUAGUACUACAGAAGACAUAGAAAAUUCUGCCGGCCAUUCUGAGUCCUGCUGGGGACAUGUCAUGUUCGUUACCAGUUAUCCAUCUAAAUAUAUAAAACGUUAAUUUUC